AUGAAAAGGAAAGCAUCCUCAGAAGCUGGCCAAGACGACACCGCCCAUCACUCGCGUCGGAUCACGAGAUCCCAGGCCCAGACUCACACGAGGAAUAUGCAUAUCAUCGCCCGCGCCUCUAACAGUAGCACGGAGAGCAGGACUACGCUCGUGCCCAGGUCCAGGGACAAAGAGAAGAGCAAGACAACAACUCCAACGACCACGAUCAACGCGGCUUGCGAGGCCAAGGCUCAAGAUGAGGUUGAGGCUGAGGUCCAAGAUGAAAAGGGAAACAGCUCUGCGCACCUGCGCGGGCUGCGCGGGCUCAAUACAGUAAUACCUCCUGCUCUUGCACCCGCAUGGCCAGAUACCGACGAGGACCGUUUCCAGCUAUACGUGGGGAGAAGCCGUGGAGACGAAGACGAAGAUGAUGAAAAUGGAGAUGAAGAUGAAGAUACCAACGCAGCAGCGAGAGAAACAUCGCGUAUAAGCUUGAGGCAAAACGGCGACAACGGCUACGACAGCGACAGCGACAGCGACUCCUCUACAGUCUCCACAUGCCUGUCGUUAAUCGAGUAUCCGCAGCGCGAAAACGCCAUGUACAUGGCCGACCUCAAUGGAAUAGCCGGACUACUAGAAAUGGAGGAGCGCAAGAGCAAGGACCCCAAGAUCAAGAAGAUGGUGGGGCAGUUCUUGGGGAAGUACCGAGAGUACGAAACUGUGCUCGAAGCGCGGUUCAAGGAUCGACGUGUGACGAGUCAGUGGGUUGGGUCGAUGAUUGCGACGGAGUUGUUGGUGGAUUCGGCAAAGGCUAUAGGGUUGAGGGGGUGGGAAGGAGAGUGGGGGGAGGUGUGGAAGGAAGUCCGGGAUAGAGGCAAUAUACUAUUCAGCGAAGCGAUGCUGAAGGAACUGUCACCGCUUGAAACCCUAGUCUAA